UCAGAAUUUGCUGUUGGAUUCAUGUCAUCACGCUAAUAGCAUUCGCUUGCUUCGUACCGAAGUCGUAGACGAAUCCGAAAUCCCCCAUUUUCUACCCGCACAAUCACUCUGAAUGUUCACUUAACCUGCUUCGGUUCUGAGAGAAUUUGCUUCAAUUUUUCUUUCAAUUUCAUAGGUGUCAAAAUUGGAUUUGAUUUGUUUGGAUUGAGUGACAAUGGUUUCCUUCGAAAUGAAUGAUCGGAAAAAGAUUGGGCUAGGGUUGACUGGAUUCGGAGUGUUUUUCUCAUUCUUUGGGAUUAUUUUCUUCUUUGAUAAGGGACUAAUUGCCAUGGGGAACAUCCUCUUCUUCUCAGGGGUGGCACUAACCAUUGGUCUCAAGUCAUCGUUGCAAUUUUUUAUGAAACGCAGCAACUAUAAGGGAACAGCUGCAUUUGGUGCUGGAUUUUUCUUUGUUAUCAUUGGUUGGCCUAUAUUAGGAAUGAUUCUCGAGGCUUAUGGAUUCAUUGUACUCUUCAGCGGUUUCUGGCCAACACUAUCAGUAUUCCUGCAAAAGAUACCUAUUCUAGGUUGGAUUUUCCAGCAGCCGUUUGUCAGAUCGUUCUUUGACCGCUACCGUGGAAAACGUGUCCCUGUAUAAACCUUAGUUGAAUGAUGCAAUGAAGUGAACAUCAGUUAACCUCACUUGUACGUUUGUAAAGUACUCUGUUCUCAAGAUUGAUGUCUCGAAGGGUGUUGACAGUAUAGUUUGUUUGCAGUGUAUGUUGUGAGCCUCGACGCCAACCAAACUUUUUUGACGAUUAUCUUUUUUUAUUUUUUAUAAUUCUGGUGUUUGGGCAGCUAACACGAUUUUUUUCUUACUAUAUCUUAGUUUCUAGAGCAAAAAAAUAAUAAUUUUGAUCAUGUGCUAAAAUUUCCAAUUUUAUCUUUUUCCAAUUCAUUGAUUUAUGGAAUGUUUUUUUCUUACU